AUGUCUCUUCCAGAGCUUAAUAGAGGGGAUGUAAUAGAAGAUUAUACUUUACAAGAUCCUCUUGGUAAAGGUAGUUUUGGAGUGGUACAUUCUUAAACUAUAUAGGUUUUUAAAGCCAAAUCUAAUAAAUAUGGGACAGUGGCAUUGAAAGCUAUGUUGAAAAUAAGAUUUAAAGAGCACAAUGGAUUUUUAGGAAAAUUAGUUGAAAAUGAAAGAACAGCAUUAUCAUUGCUCAAUUCCGAUCAUGUGAUUAAAUUAUAUGACUAUUUUGAAACAAGAGAUUUUGCCAUAUUUAUUUUGGAAUAUUGUGAAGGUGGUACUUUAGAUGAAUAUUGGUAAAAAAAUUAAUGUGUUAUUCCCUAAUUUCAAGCAUUGAUUUUCUUUAAAUAAUUGUUGAAAGGAAUGAAAACACUACACAAAUAGAAAAUCAUUCAUAGAGAUUUAAAGAUGGCUAAUAUUUUACUACAUAGAGAUGUGUUAAAAAUAGCUGAUCUCGGUUUCUGCCAUUUGUUAAAAAAUUAAGAUGACUUGGCUGUUGGUAAUUUAGGUUCAACCGGAACCAUGGCUCCAGAAACCAUUGAAGGAAAACCAUAUGGCUUACAAGCCGACAUGUUUGCAGUUGGAGUAAUAUUAUACCAAAUGAUAUUUUCUAAAUUUCCUUUUAACUCAGCUAAUAAAUACACAUUUCUAAACGACGUUAAAAAUGAAAGUAUUUGUAAGGCAUAUAUCACUUUAGACCCUCCAAAAUUUAAAUUAAAAUCCUAAGAUGUUGUUGACUAAAACAUUAAAGACUUAUUAUCAAACAUGCUUAAAUACGACCCAAAAUAAAGAUUAAAAUGGAGUGAUUUGUUUAGUAAUUAAAUUUUUAUGGGAUAAAGUUCAAUGAGCAUAAUUAAAGAUCACACUUAAUAUUUGGCUGAUAUUGAUGCAUAAAAAAAUAAGUUGUUUUAUAAGAAUGCAGAAGAGAAUGAAAAACAAUACGAAACUUAGAAUCCAAUAAAUGAUGAACAAAUUUUAAAUGAAAUUCUCAAAACUAAUGAUAAGUUUUAGGAUUUAUUAAGUUAGUCAAAAAAAAAAUCCAACAAACCAAAAAUGAAUUCUUACAAUCAACAAAUAGAAAAUCAAAAACUCUAGCAAUCUGAGAUUCUAGUUUAAGAAUAAAAUAAAAUAGAUUUAAAAGAAAUCGAUAUUAUCAACAAAUACAUUAAAGCUAAAUAACCUAUAUCUUGUCUAAGUAUAAUUUAUAAUGACAUGAAAUAAUUUCGACAUAAAUAAGUCUUUGAUUGCAUUUUUGUUAGUUAUAUCCUAAUAAAGCAAAUUUAUUACUCACAUUAUAAGCUAAGGGCUGAAAUCAAAUAAAAUAAAUUUUUUCCUUAAUUAAUAUAACAACAGACUUUUAAAACCUUCAUGAAGGAAUUUGAUGAGGAAAAUGAAUUUCUUUCCAUACACUUAUCGUUUGAAUAUCAAACUGUUCAAGCUAAUUUAAAAAAACUAGAAAAGUAUCUUAAGCCGAAUUGGACUUGUGAAGCCUCAGAACUAUCUCAGACUUAAAAAUUCUAAGAUAUUUAUAGAGAAGUUCUCUAAAACUAUUUAAACAUUAUUGCAAAAGAGGAACUAAAGCAACAGGGAGAGCCUAAUCCAGAACGUUUACGAUAUAUUGCAAUGGUGAUCAAUAUAUUGGAUUAUGAAGAACUAAUUACAAUUAAUGAUAUUGAUAAAGGGAUUGCUGGGAUUAAGAAUAGGGAUAUUAAUGAAUUAAUUUAAUUCAUAUAAAACUCCAUUUAAUGA